AUGGUAAAAGCGCCGGUCAUCGAUAGUCUGCUCACAGUCCUUCUAGGUCACUUCGUUCGUAUCUCAUACGACGAAGUCAGCAUCAGCCAUCCAGAUGCCAUUGCGAAGAUCCUCGUAGCUCCCCUCCAUAAGGCAAACUGGUACAAGAUCCACGCUCUACCAGACUACCGCUUCCAAUCACCCAUGAGCACCACCGACCCUAAAAAGAAGAUCGACAAAUCAAAAUACAUAGCCGCAGCAUAUACCGUCUCCAACCUCCUCCGCUCCGAAGAGCACAUUGACCGUACCUUCGAAAUCUUCCUCGACUGGAUGGACGAAUACGCAUCCGCGAAGAAACCAAUACAUCUCAACACCUACAUAUCCUACCUAACCUUCGACGUAAUCGGCGAAAUCGUCUUCUCCAAGCCGUUUGGCUUCCUCGCCCAAGGCAAAGACAUCGGGAACUCCAUCUCAAACUCCCUCGCUCUGAACGCAUACAUUGCUGUAGCAGGUUACUUCCGCUGGCUCAACAUCGCCCUGUUGGCCAACCCGAUUAUGACAUGGUUGUCCAUCUUACCAAUGGGCCAUCUCUUCGACACUGUCAAGUCAGUAUUAGCCGAUCGAGAGAAGAAUGAGAAUGUGAGGUAUGACGCUGUUCAGUACUGGUAUAAGCAGCAUGAGAAGCAUCCGGGUAGGUUUACUAUACGCGAGAUUGGUACGCAGGCGCUUGCGGCUGUAGGUGCGGGGUCGGACACGGUGGCUGCGGGGAUACAGUCUUUUGUUUAUCAUAUGAUUCGGCAUGAGGAUGCGUGGGAACGCGCGCAUGAGGAAGUGCCGAAAGCAGUGGAGAAGGGGUUUUGUGGGGGUCGGGUGGUGUCUUACGCUGAUGCGCAGCAACUUGGUUACGUGCAAGCCUGCGUAAAAGAAGCGCUUCGUAUCUUUGGUCCAGUGCCUAUGGGUCUUCCGCGUAUUGCGCCUAAGGGAGGCUUGACGAUAGGCAAUCGCACUAUACCUGAGGGUACUAUUGUUUCGAUCAGCCCAUGGGUGAUGCACUACUCGAAAGAGAUAUGGGGAGCUGAUGCACACAUCUUCUAUCCAGAUCGCUGGUUGAACGAAGAUAGCGCUGCGAAAGAAAAGUACUGGAUACCUUUCGGAGCAGGUUACGGUGGCUGUCCAGGUCAAAACAUCGCUAAGAUCGAGCUCGCCAAGAUCGCAGCAACGCUGGUUAGGGACUACAACAUCAAGCAAGUAGACUCUACGCAAGACUGGCAAUGGAAAGCCUACUUCACGGUCGUCCCGCAUUCAUGGCCCGUAUGCAUCGAGAAGAGGGUAUAA